AUGUCUACAACAACUCUAAAAGUUGUUUUAUCAUGUGCAGCUUUGCUGUGUUUCGGAGCUUUGUUUUCUGUCAUUUGCCUUCUUCUUGACAUCAAUAAGUUCCACGACGACUUCCUAAAAAUAUCGGAUGGAUACAAGACCUUGUCCCGACGGGUGUGGGAUGACAUGUUAGCUGAGACAGACUCGAGCAUCAGAGUGAAAAAAGCAGCGCAAGUAGAAGCAGCUCGUCUUUCGGUCGCCAGUUUCGAUUGUCCUGCAGGACCAGUCGGACUGCCAGGAACUCCAGACAAUGGACCGCCAGGAACCCCUGGAUUGAAGGGACCAGACGGUGUAGAGGUUGGAGCACGCAAUAGUAUGCCGACGGAAUGCAUUCCUUGUCCUCAGGGUCCUCCAGGUGUACCGGGAUUACCCGGGCCUGUAGGAGAACCUGGUUUCAAUGGAGUUAGUGGAUAUAAAGGGAUGAGAGGAAGAAAUGGAGUGCCAGCUAUUCGCGGUCCUCCAGGAGAUAGGGGUAUGCCAGGAAUACCCGGUACUCCAGGUGUCCCAGGUAGAAAUGGAGACACCGGAUAUAGAGGUAAAGGAAAUCCCGGUCGACGUGGAGUUACCGGUCCUCCAGGUGAACAAGGUGGUCAUGGCAUUGCAGGAAUCAGUGGAGUAGCUGGACGUCCAGGUGUGAUGGGUCCACCGGGGCUAGCAGGCAAACCAGGCCAGAAAGGUGACGAUGGCUUCGAAGGACUAUCUGGACCACCUGGUGUCCCUGGACCUGAUGCCAACUACUGUCCAUGCCCGCGCAGGGAUCAGAUCGUAGUCUUACCUUCUGAAAACAGAGAAGAACAAGCUAGAAGCGUCUUCCGAAGAAACGCGAAGACAAGAGAGUGA